AUGUCUGGCCGUGGGAAGCAGGGGGGCAAGGCCCGUGCUAAGGCCAAGUCGCGCUCGUCCCGCGCCGGUCUGCAGUUCCCCGUGGGCCGUGUCCACCGGCUGCUACGCAAGGGUAACUACGCUGAGCGGGUGGGCGCCGGUGCGCCUGUCUACUUGGCUGCCGUCAUGGAGUACCUGACGGCCGAGAUCCUGGAGCUGGCAGGGAACGCUGCCCGGGAUAACAAGAAAACGCGGAUCAUCCCACGUCACCUCCAGCUGGCUGUUCGGAAUGACGAAGAACUCAACAAACUAUUGGGUGGCGUCACCAUCGCGCAGGGUGGUGUCCUGCCCAACAUCCAGGCCGUACUGUUGCCCAAGAAAAGCGAGAGCCACAAGGCCAAGGGCAAGUGA